AUGGAACUUGUGAAAGAUUACCAGAAACCGCAACAUCCUUCUUACCAUAUUCCCCAUCAUGCCGUAAUACGAGAGGACAGCAUCACCACGAAGGUACGCGUGGUCUUCAACGCGUCGUGCCGUACACCGAAUGGACCAUCCUUGAAUGACGCACUAAUGAUCGGACCCACCGUACAGGAAAACCUCCGAACGCUCACUUUACGAUCCAGAAUCCACCCGGUCCUGCUCAACGCAAAUUUAAAACAAAUGUACCGGCAGAUUUUGAUGGAUCAACGAAGCAACAACCUGCAGCAUAUCGUGUGGAGUUCAUCACCAGAAGCCCCUCUACAAACAUACGAGCUGCAAACCGUUACUUACGGUACCGCCAGUGCUCCGUUUCUUGCUACACGAGUGCUGCAACAAUUGGCUGAUGACGAGCAAACAGAUUUACCCGAAGCUGUCAACGUUCUUCGUAAGGACUUUUACGUCGACGACCUGUUUUCCGAAGCGAACACGAUAGAAGAAGCAAUCACUCUACGAAGGCAAUUAGAAUCUCUUCUCAAAAGAGGAGGAUUCGAACUACGACAAUGGGCAUCAAAUGAACCAGCGGUAGUAGAAGACGUCCCGGCCGAGAACAGGGCUCUCAAGUCAUCGGUCGACCUCGACAGCGAUCAAUGCAUCAAAAGACUAAGGCUACACUGGGAGCCAGCCACCGACGUUCUCCGCUACAAGACUCAACUUCCUCCGACCUCCACUAACGAAUCUCUGACGAAACGCAUAGCACUCUCGCAUAUAGCACGCUUAUUCGACCCACUAGGACUAGGUGGACCGGUGCGCUGCGUUCUAUUCCCUUCACCAACGUCACUGCAAAUCCACAUCUUCACCGACGCCUCCGAUCACGCAUACGGUGCGUGUGUCUACAUUCGAUCAACGAACUCCAAUGGUUGCGUCAAGGUAGCACUCCUGACCUCCAAAUCGAAAGUCGCUCCAAUCAAGAAGCAGAGCAUUCCACGACUCGAACUGUGCGGAGCACUCGUUCGCGCUGAACUCUACGAGAAGGUAAUGAAAUCUCUUCAACUGACAGGGGACACCUUUUUCUGGGUCGAUUUCAACAUUCGUGGUGAACCGAGUAUCCAAGAUCCAGCUUGCUACCGAAAACUGCUCGUGGGAUCACGUCGCUGGGAUACAGAAUCCAACGGAUCUCAUCUCUAG